AUGUGGUUUUUAUACUUGUUAUUUUUCAUCUUCGUCUCAUGGGUUUAUAUCAAACAUACGAGCGGUAUUUUCAAGAACAGCAAACAUUUGGUGGGUAAAGUGGUUAUAGUGACAGGUGCAAAUUCGGGCAUAGGAUUUGAAACAGCAAAGAAUCUAGCGGAGAGAGGGGCGCGAGUAAUUAUGGCGUGCAGGGACGAGCGCCGCGGCGUCACAGCCAGGGACCAGAUCGUCGCUGCCACCGGCAACCCUGAUGUGCACUACCUACACCUAGACCUCGCAUCUUUAAAAUCAGUCAGAAGAUUUGCCAAGAAUAUUAACACUAGCCAAGAACGGCUGGACAUCCUGAUCAACAAUGCGGCUAUAUACGGCUCGGAGCUCGUAAAAACUGAAGACGGAUUACUACUAGGCAUGCAGGUCAACCAUUUUGGACCAUUCUUGUUGACUUGCUUACUUUUACCGAAACUGAAAUCGUCAGCGCCAAGUCGUAUAAUCAAUGUCGCGUCUAUGGGCCAUCAUUAUUGCAACCUUGAUUUGAAUAACCUUAAUGGUGAGAAAGAUACAGUUAAAACGAUAAAUGUGAGAAAGAUGUACUAUGCAUCAAAAUUAUGCAAUAUUUUGAUGAUAGUUGAGUUGGACCGACGGUUGCAAGGCACUGGAGUAACGGCAAACUCUUUGCAUCCGGGGUGUGUGGAUUCUGGCAUCAUAACUACCAUACCCGUCGUUAAGCAUAUGUUGUUUCUGCUUCGGGUUUUCUGCAAAAGUCCAUGGGAAGGUGCUCAGACGACGGUGCAGGUCGCGGUAGCACCAGAGCUCGCCUCGACCAGCGGCCGCUACUUCCAAGACUGCCGUGAAGCGAAACCUUCAAGAACCGCUCAAGAUCGUAAACUAGCUCGUGCGUUGUGGGAAGUGUCCGAAAAGUUUGUUCAAAUGAAAUAA